UAUCAUCCUGGUUGUUUCUGAUGGUUUGGUAGAUGCAGAGAUCCACCUUUGCACCAAAGCCAUUUGGUCUUCAAGACCACUUUUGGGAAGAGACCUAGUGUGCGUAUUGUAAAGAAAGGGUGUCCUCUCUCUCUCUCUUUUUAUCUCUAAACCCCUCCCCUCUUCCCUGGUGGGGAACACAUCACCAUGUAUGGGAGAAGAGGCACAUAGUUCUCUUCACCCCAUAUCCAGGAACACUUUUGAUUGAGAGCCCUGCAUGUCUCUAGUUCUUACCUAGUCCAGUGGGGAAGCAUUUGGUGGCUGUGCUGGUGUAGGGCUAUGGACAGUUCCCAGGUUCUCCUUGCAUAAACUUCUCAUAUUCUGGCUUUUAAUAGAAUAAUCUCUCCUAGGUUGCUCUGUGAUUGUCUCCCCUAUUCUGCUCUAACUGGGGAAAAGCAGAAUUGGAAUCAUUUGGUUAGGCUGUUUAGUCAGAGCCUUCUAGAAGAGAGGUGUACUACCAAGGCCCUUGGGGGGAUUCUAUCACGGUCACUCCCACACCCAGGCAUACCUGGGGCAGCUAGCUCCUUGCUUCAAAACAGAAAGCUGUACAACCAAGAAUGGGGAUACCCUCCACACAAGCUUCUGAUGCAUUUCUGGGGCACAAAAGGUGACCAUGCCUUCACCAGCCAGACCUCCUUGCAAGUGACAGCACACAGCUUCUUCUAAUAUACCCGGAUAUCUGAGGUUCCCAAGCAAGGACAGGAAUAAUGAAGAAGGCUGUGUGCUAGCUGCAUCCUUUUGAACCACCCAGGAAGGAAAUCCAGAGUGUGGUCAGGGGCAGAACACAUGCAACACUUGGAGUGAAUGAGGAAUGGACUCGUGAUUAUGCAGAGGUUCCAGGAUGAAUCUGGUCGACCUGUGGCUGUCCCGCUCCCUCUCCAUGUGUCUCCUCCUCCAAAGCUUUGUACUGAUGAUACUGUGUUUUCAUUCUGCCAGUAUGUGUCCCAAGGGCUGCCUUUGCUCUUCCUCUGGGGGAUUAAAUGUCACCUGUAGCAAUGCAAAUCUCAAGGAAAUACCCAGAGAUCUCCCUCCUGAAACAGUUUUGCUGUAUUUGGACUCCAAUCAGAUCACAUCCAUCCCCAAUGAGAUUUUUAAGGACCUCCAUCAACUGAGAGUUCUUAACCUGUCCAAAAACGGCAUCGAGUUUAUUGACGAGCAUGCAUUCAAAGGAGUAGCAGAAACCCUGCAGACCCUGGAUUUGUCUGACAACAGGAUUCAAAGUGUGCACAAAAAUGCCUUCAAUAAUCUGAAGGCUAGGGCUAGGAUUGCUAACAACCCAUGGCAUUGUGACUGUACUCUCCAGCAAGUUCUCAGGAGCAUGGCAUCCAAUCAUGAGACAGCACACAAUGUGAUUUGCAAGACAUCAGUGUUGGAUGAGCAUGCUGGGAGACCUUUCCUCAAUGCUGCCAAUGACGCUGACCUUUGUAACCUCCCUAAAAAGACUACUGACUAUGCCAUGCUCGUCACCAUGUUUGGCUGGUUCACCAUGGUGAUCUCUUAUGUGGUGUACUAUGUGAGGCAGAAUCAGGAGGAUGCCCGGAGACACCUUGAAUACUUGAAAUCCCUGCCAAGCAGGCAAAAGAAGGCAGAUGAGCCUGAUGACAUUAGCACUGUGGUAUAGUAACCAUGCUGGCUGGCACUGGGAAGGGAGCUUCUGUUUGUAGUAAAAUAAGUGAUUCAUUUCUCCCUUCAUUGUACACAUUUAAAACUGUAUUUUAGUUUCUUUGGAAUCAUGCCACUGUUGAACUUUACACAAACAACACUAAUAAUUUUAGUUUAGGUGAUCUCCCCCCAUUAAUUGUGACCCCUGGUUCCUGAGUAACAAACUCUCUGAACAUUAGUUAGACCCAUCUCACUAUUUAAUAAUGAAAUUUAUUUUUUUAAUUUAAAACUGAAUAAAAGCUUAACUUUGAACCAUGGAAAA